AUGGUCAAGUUCAGGACUAGAGUGAAAAAUAAACCGGAUGACUGCCUAAAAAAUUGUUCAAGCCAUAUUUUUGAUGGUGCUAGUGCUAAUCUCCUUCCAUUCGCCUACAGCUUAACAGAGAAAAAUAUAAAGGACUUCAAGGAACGCCAGCCUUCUAAAGGAAAUAGUAGCCAUUGCAGAAAGUUACCUGUAUGUGGUGGCGAUGAACGACUUUGCAUGCCAUGGACUUUUCUCGAGGUUGCUUGGAACAAAUGUCUCAUAGACGAUGACUUUCAUAUCUUUGCUCAUACCCAUCCAAGUAAGACAAUAAAUCUUUUCAUUGUUUUGAUAAUUUAAAUUUUUAGUUGGCGAGAAAAUGGCUAGAUGGAGUCAACCGAGAGUCAGUGAAUUUGAGCUGACAAUAACAAGACAAGGCGGGUUCUAUAUGGAUAAAUUGGAAAAUCAAGGAUAUGAUCCAGACGAUGAUCCAAAAAACCAUCCAUACUGCGUUCCUCAAGGAAAUGGAACGGUCAAACCUUCGACGUGGAAAAUCAAUGGGUUGAGUCCAGCUCCAGGAUAUGGUCAUCUGCUUGUCUUCUACAUGCUUC